CAGCAACAGCAACAGCAACAGCGACAGCGACAGCAACAGCAGCCGUAGCGGCGCGGCGCGCGCGACGAGAAGAAAAGUCGGCGGAUAAGGUGAGACAAUUGAUUAACGAAUGUGGGCCAUUGGUUUUGCCCGGAUUUUUGGGCACCGGUUGCUGGGCAACAUCUCACCUGUAAUAGCCGUUGCCACGGCGACCAGGAGCCCCGGCGGGGCCAUCUGUUGCACGGGCAGAGCUCGGGGUAUAUACCAUGACCAAAGCCGCUGCAAAACAUUGAUGUAGACUACAUAUCGGAGCACACUAUUACUGCCUAUUUAUAGUAGCACUUAUGUAAUCGCCGGUGUCCCGUCGUCGUCGUCAUCGUCGUCGUCGUCGUCAUCGUCGCCGUCGUCGUCGUCGUCAUUAUGCAGCGGUCUUACAACGGCACACGGCAGGGCCAAGACUGUAUUAAGAAUCUGGAAGACUGCAGAGAUAAAAUAUGGAAGAAAUGCAAUGUGACCAAUUUAGUCGACCAUUCACCACACCCUUCAUGGGAUAAUGUGUGCGUUGAACAACUUGUGUGGACAUUUAAUAUACAUGCAUACGGAUUUGCCUGUCUUUUUUUCAUUUUAUCGUUCUAUGCCGUUUUUUCAAUCUUAAACAUCAGAUCACAAACAGCUAACAAAAAACCAUACAUGGCAGCAAUUAAUGCGUUAUUACUGGCUACAGGUAUUUGUAGGGCGUUUGUGUUAUUUGUCGACCCAUAUAAUACAAGACGAAACAUUUCAUCCGUUGUCACACAUUUGACAUGGGAUCUUGGCUUAUGCAGCUUAGUGACAGCCCUGUCCUUAUUACAAUUAGCCUAUUUACAACUAACUCAAUUGCAAGCGGGACCUUCAAAUAUGAGACGUAAAUCAGUCGUAGUGACAGCUACUGUAUUAAUUGUCGGAGUUCUUGUUCCAGCAGAUAUAGUUGCAUCCGUUGAUUACAAAUUAUGGGUUUUAGGUAAUGCUGUGCGUAUUCUUUUGCAUAUUUGGGGAAUUUGGCUUUGCUGUUUCUUCCUUUACUUAGGUGUUAAAGUGAUGACACUUGUUAAACGCAUGCCAAAGUCGGUCUUACAAAACUUUGAUUCACGACACAAGGGUAUAAUGCAAUUAGGAAUAUUAGCUCCAUACAAUAACUUAGCUACAUCAAUGGCAGCUGCAUUUGUACCAGCACUUUUAGUUCCACAUCAAUCAAAAUCAGAUUCCAAAGAUAGGCCAACUGUCAAGAUAACAGCACCAUCAGAAGUUGCUAAUAGCUUUAAUAGAAUGAAUCGGCGGGCUAGUAGUUUCGUGCAAAGACAAAAAAGAUCUGGAUCACUGUUAAGCCCAACUACACCUUCGAGAAGAUCUAGUGAAGUUCAAAGUAUCAUUCAAAAACGACUGAGUUGUGUGGAAGGAAGUAAGCAAUUUCUGGUAUUAAGUCCUAAUAACAAUGCUAGCGACAGUACAGAACCAGAAGAAAGUUCAUGGCGUAAGAGUUUUGCCAAAUCAAUAUCAUGGCAAUUUCCAAAAACUGGAGAAUCCGGCAUAACAAAUGAUACUUCACCAACAACUUCGUCAUCGUUACUCACGCCAUUACAACCACAAAGAAGUUUUAGACUUAAGUCUACCGGUCAGGCUGACCAGGAAACCAGGCCUACAACCAGACAUUCGAGCAGUUUUUCAGAUUUGAGUUCUGAAAUGACCUUAAGUACGAUAUUAAAUCAUAUUGCAUUUGUAAAUCGAGGAAAUGGAACAGGAGAUGCUAAAAUGGACAACGUUCGAAGACGUACUUCUAAAGUCGCUAUUACUAAAUCAGAAAUCGUUUUAGUGAUAAAAACCGUACAUGUCUGUGCAGGACUGGCAAUGUUAUUAUGUUUCUUUAACUUUGCUACAGACAUUAAUUUGAUUGGAGUUUACUCGUAUGACAAACCAUGGUGCUGGCUAAUUUUGCAAAGUGUGGUACGAGUUUUGGAAUUAUCGUUGGCGUGCAUGUUAGCAAACCUAACAAAACAACCAGUGAACGUCAUACACCACACUCAAUACACGCAUCCGUUGAGAGCGAAACUUCGGGGGUCAUUUUUCAUUUAGGCCCUGAAAAUCAAAAAUCAAAAGGGUUAAUUUUAUGACUUAAAAAAUAAUACAAUCACUGAGUUAAUCUUAAGUCUGACGGGAGUACUACGCAAAUGAGAUCGGGACCAUUAUUUCAAACGUGCAAUAACAGAUUUUACAAUAACAGAUUUUACAUUAAUACAUAACAGGUAUAAAUUUUAUAUUACCUUUAUGACUUAUUUACUUGAGAUAUUAUUAUUUGAUUUGUUCUCUAUUAUUAUUCACUUGAAUGUUUUUAACAUUAUUUGCGUAGUAUUCCUUAAGAAAUAUGCAAUCGAUCUUAUUUUUAAACUUUUCUCUAUCUUACCUCACACAUAUUAUAUAGGUAUGUACCACCUAUACACUCGAAUAUCUUUAUAAAUAUUAAAUAUAUAUAUAUAUAUAUUUCAUUAGUGGUUUAGGUAUAUUUUUAGAAAUUCGAGUAUUAUCACUCGAAAGUAUUUAACUACUUUAUUUUACACUAUAAUUAAGUAUCAGCGAAUGCAUUCGGGAAAGAAAUUUGAGUUACCAAAAAUAUUUUAUGUAUAAAAGGGUUACCUAUGUUAUACCUAUAAAGUGCGUGUGUGUAGUAGGCGAUUCGGAUUCACUAGUCAUACGUACCAUGUUUGAUGUUACAUUUUUUUUGUAUGCAAUGGUAGUGGUGGAUUUAAGAUAGAAUUCUAUUAAAAUUAUAGGUAAUCAACAAAAAUAUAAAGGCCUUUUGCAAAAGGUAGCUUUUACAAAACCAUUUCGUUGUAAUAGCGAAUGUUAAAUCAACUUCUGAUUGUAUGGUGAAAGAGUUCUGUAAAUAGGUACCAUAAGACAUAAUAUAGAACCAUAUAACCAUUAACGGUUUCUCACAAACAUUUUAGGCUUGGCAAUACAUAAUCUUAAUUUUACGACGUACAAAAUGCGAAAUAUAAAUAAUUGUUAAAAAAAAAUAGCCAAGAAGAACACCUGAACACCGUCUCCGAUAAAUGUCCCACUCUUCGAAAACACCACUGCGUUUAACUAAAUAAUAUGCUUCAUGAAUUAUUAUAAUACUCUAUGCAGAAUAAACUAUAAAAAUAGAUUGGGUAUUAGUGAAGUACGUAUUUAUUACUAUAAAUUAUAACAUUAUUCUUUUAAAAAUAAAUUUUGCUUAUACCUAAACAGGUAUAAUAUAUUAUAUAGGUAUUAGGUUCAUUAUCC